AUGGCGACGAGCUCUGCUCAGGCGGGUCCAUCGAGUCCAGGAGGUUCCUUUAUUGGCCAAGGAGUCUCAAAUUUGCCACCUCCACCGCCCAUUCCAUUCCGCAAGCCCGGCCGCUCCAUCCUCAAGCAACCGCCGCCCCCGCAGCCAAAAUUCUUCUCCUUUUCUACCAUCAAGACAUUUCUCCCGACCCAGUCUCAGUCUCCAGCCGCAAACGAGGUCACGGACGAUGGCGGCAAGGGCAUUCGAGGUACACCGCUGAAACGAGCUCACUUUAUCCUCCCCUCGCUCAGUACCACCUAUCCAAUAUGGUCCGGAAACCCACCCGCGAGUCCCUCAUUGAAUCAGGAAAAGGCAGAGAUUGAAGAACGCGAACGGACGCGACGAGCUCGUCUCGUUCGUGGAAACUCGGUCAGCUCGCUCCGUUCGCUCGCACAAAACGGCAAUACGCAUGCAGACAACUUUUGGUCACUGGAUAGAGUCGAGCAGUUUUAUAAAGAAUGCUGUCUCGGCAGGGAGGAGCCGAUUGAUUUGCGUGUCGUCAACGCUAUCAAGGCUGCUGGAGCGAUGCCCAGAACCUUGGACUUGUCUGGCACGCAUCUAGACGUCAAUUCAGCGACAGCUCUAUCUGAUCUGCUGACUAUCGAGUGGGGGCUGCGGAAACUCGCUCUCAAGGAAUGCGAUUUGGAUGACCUUGCACUCAAACCCAUUUUGCAUUCGCUCCUCAUCCCAAACUCUAUAUCCUACCUAUCUAUCGCGUCGAACAAGAACCUCAAGAACACUUCAUGGAGACUGGUUGGCGUCUUUUUGUCCAAGGCCGUCACGCUCCAAUUCCUCGACGUGUCACAAAACUUUUUAGACAAACGCGCAGUCGAGUACAUUGUCAGUGCCCUCGGAAGCAUACCUCCUUCUCUUCCCCCUUCAGCACCCGCUUCUACCGUGUCAACUCCCAUCUUGGAAAAGGUGGAUCUAUCCUUUCAAUCCACCGGCAAACCGCAGCUCGUCUCCCUGCGCAUGGAUGGCUGUAACCUGAGACCAGCAGCGCUGGAAGCGCUCGCUCAUGCCGUCCGCACUGCGCCAUUGCAACACAUUUCACUGCGGAAUAACCGCAUAGCACCGUCUGGAGCCGUCGCCUUAGCUCUCAUGAUCAAGGACUAUCCAGAUACAGUUCCCCAUGCAACGAAUGGGAUCGGAUCCGUACCUUCAUCGCCAAGCAUUUCGCAGUCCAUGCCCCUCUCACCACCUCCCACGCCGCGUUCGACUGUCAUCAGUCCCGCAACAGCAGUCCGACAAGCCGCGAUCCCACCAGCGCCAGCACCAACACAACAAGCGACACCGGGGACGACGUAUACGCCCUAUAUUCCACGCUCGAAACGCGCGUCUGCAAUUGCAGUCGUGACUGCACCGGCAUCUGUAGAUCGGGAGGAACGACAGGUGCCGCGGUUUUCGACGUCUCAAGGAGGCGGAGUGACUACGCGUCAUCUUCCAACGCAGUCACCCAGCGAGGUUGUAUCUGCUGCGACGGCAGCAGCGCGUGCUGCCGGCCCGAGUAUUGCGCUGCUGGACAAGGUCCGCGCGCUGGAUAAUCUACCGCGACUUGGUGCGCUCAAGACGUUGGACUUGAGAGGGAAUGAUUUAAGGAAUGGCGUGAGCUCCAUUUCUCAGGUCCUCAAGCGGAAUCGCACUCUCAAGAUUCUCAACUUGGCUGAUAAUAAGAUUGGAGUCGAGGGUCUUGUGUACAUUGCUGAUGCUCUCAAAUACAAUAACUCCCUCGAGACUCUGGAUCUCAGUCGUAACCCUUGCUGUGGCCCAGGUGUAGAAGGGAUAACGUCUCUUCGUACCGCGUUUACCCUGAACACGGCUCUGAGGAGACUUUUCCUCUCUUCGACUGCUCUCACGGACGAUGGGGCGAUCAUGCUGGCCGAGUUCCUGCCGGAAUCCACCAGUCUUUUGCAUCUCGACUUGACCCAGAACAAUCUGGGCAUGGCGGGAGUAAUGGCACUGAGUAAUGGUCUCAAGGCGAACGAGGUGAUGCGCUGUCUAGAUUUGAAUAUUCCUCCCGGGGACGAAGAGAUGGCGCGGCUAUGCAGGGAAAUUCUCAACUGGUGCGUCAGAAACACCGAGCGCGCGGAUGCUCGGGCUCGGAGCGAAGGCAUCCAACCCCGAGGCAAGGGGAUCUGGGGAAUGAUCGAGGAUUCUGCGCUCGCCAGAGAUGUGAGAAAAGGAGAGGGGAAGAGGAUUGAGCUAGACACUCUAGAAAGUGCUCGAGAAAUACAAAGACAGCUCGAGCAAUCUCUUCAGGAGGACACCCAGGAAAGCGGUCUAUCCAUUGCUGCAGAGAUUGGUCUCCUUGACCGAGCCAAGGCAACGCUUCCAGCCUUGGUCGCUGCCAUCGAGGCGUCCAACGAUCCGAACAAGCUAGAGGAGAUGCUGAUCCUCAAUGACACGAUCACCGACUUGGUCAAGAAAUUCGAAGCCUUGAAGCCUCGAAGACCAUCCCUCCGUUUGAGCGGACUCAACGGCUCAUUCUUGAGCUCUGAGCUCACGGGUUCGACGCCAGGUACACCGUCAUUUUCGGCUGGCAUUCGCUCUCCGAGCCUCAGCCAAUCGCUUUCGUCCAUUUCGAGCGGCAAAGGCAAGGCGAUACAUCACGAGGAUGUCUCUCUCGUCGGUGAGGAUGGCAAGAUUAUUCCAGAACCAAAAUCUGCCAGCACCGAUGAGAUUGCAGGCUCUCCAACGGAUUCAAGGAGCCGAAUAUGGGUGGAAGAAGAGGGUGAAGUCUUCCGCAAGGGAGUGGCUUUGCUCACACCCGAGAAGAUGGAAGGCGAGCUGGGUGACUUUGCCGGAGACGACCUUCGUAUCGAGCUGCUCGAGGCAGAGGUAGAACGACCACCAGCACGCAUUCUCGACGUUGACGAGGAGGGUGAUCCGAUCCCUGAACAUCAGCAACUGAUGUCUCCUCCUAUCCCUCGAGCACCCAAGGUGCCGUGA